AUGUUAAAAAAAUUCAUCGAAGGCAAACUUAUAUUAACAAGUGGGUCCGCUCAUUUGCUUAACUGUAAGAUUCCCCCUUUCUCUCUCGUCUCUCUCUCUGUCAAGUGUCAACAUUUCGCAAUUUCAAUUCAAUUUCUUGCUCCGUCUACUACCACUAUCCUUUCAUCCCGCCGGCGUUCCAUGGGCAAUUGCUUUUCCGGCGGUGGCCAUAGUCAAUUUGCCGUUGGAGGCACUUCUUCUGCUCACGAUACUCGUGGUUCUAACGACGCCGUCGACGGGUUUCUCAAAUCUCGCGGCUACCAUGGCCUCUUCUCUCAGAUCGAGCUAUCCUUAUCUGCUUCAGACUUGCGUGACAGGGAUGUGCUUUCCAAGAGUGAUCCUAUGGCAAUUGUAUAUACCAAAGGAAAAGAUGGUUCUUUGCAGGAGCUUGGACGAACAGAAGUUGUUCUAAAUUCAUUAAAUCCCAAAUGGAUCACAAAAAUUAAAAUUACUUAUUAUUUUGAGAUGGUUCAAACACUUUUGUUCCGUGUCUAUGAUGUUGACACUCAGUUUCAUAGCCCAGACAUAAAGACACUUAAGUUAGAUGAUCAGCAAUAUUUGGGUGAGGCCACUUGUGCAUUGUCUCAGAUAGUGGCUAAUUCAAAGCGCGCGUGCACCUUAGAGCUUGUGAGCAUUGCAGAGUCUGCUGAGUCGACUCAUAAAAAACUUGGACAGCUCACCAUUCACGCAGAAGAAGAAGUUGUCUCCAAAACUACAGCAGAGUUGAUAUUAAAGUGCACAGAUUUAGAAAAUAAGGAUUUUUUCUCCAAAAGUGACCCUUUUCUAGUAAUUUCAAAAUACACAGAGAGUGGGACUACAGUUCCAAUUUGCAGAACAGAGGUUCUAAAAAACAACUUAAAACCUGUCUGGAAACCGAUUUUUUUGAACAUAUCACAAGUUGGCAGUAAGGACAGUCCACUGGUUAUUGAGUGCUUUAAUUUUAACGGUAAUGGAAAGCAUGAUUUGCUUGGGCGCGUUCAAAAGUCACUUGCGGAUUUAGAGAAGUUAUCUUCUAAUGGGAUUGGAGAGAAGUUGUUUUUACCCUUUACUGUUGGAAAAGAUUCUCAAACAAAGGUGCUAAAGAGUCAACUUUUUGUGGAGAAAUUCUGUGAAAGUGUUCAUCAUUCCUUCCUGGAUUACUUGUCUGGUGGAUGUGAAUUAAACUUCAUGGUGGCCAUUGAUUUCACAGCUUCAAAUGGAAACCCUCGCCUGCCCGAUUCGUUACAUUAUAUUGACCAUUCUGGACGUCCAAACGCAUAUCAGAAAGCAAUACAAGAGGUUGGAGAUGUACUGCAGUAUUAUGAUUAUGACAAGCUGUUUCCUUCAUGGGGAUUUGGAGCACGCCCAAUUGAUGGUCCUGUCAAUCAUUGUUUUAACCUAAAUGGAAGCAGUGCCAACCCAACUGUGUCAGGGAUCCCAGGAAUUAUGAUGGCAUAUGAAAGUGCCCUGUCUAAUGUUUCACUUGCAGGGCCAACCCUAUUUGGACCUGUAAUUAUUGCUGCAGCCAAUAUUGCAAGUCAAUCAAUGGCAGCUAAUGAACACAAGUAUUUUGUUUUAUUAAUAAUCACGGAUGGAGUGAUAACAGAUAUACAGGAAACAAAAGAUGCCCUUGUCAAGGCAUCCGAUCUGCCAUUGUCAAUCCUUAUUGUUGGUGUUGGUGGAGCCGACUUUAAGGAGAUGGAGAUAUUGGAUGCGGAUAAAGGCGAGAAACUUGAAAGCUCAACAGGUCAAUUUGCAUCACGUGAUAUUGUCCAGUUUGUUCCAUUUAGGGAUGUACAAGGUGGAGGGAUUUCGGUUGUUCAAUCGCUUUUGGCAGAACUACCUUCACAAUUCUUAACUUACAUGAGAAACAAUGGCAUUCAACCAACACCACCACCACCACCUACAACAACAACACUGUAAAAUCUCAACGCCUUCCUUCCUUUCAUCCUAUUCUUUGUACAAUCUUUUAUCUUCUUAUUUCCACCAUGGAUGUUCCAUGGUAUCAAUUGCCAAACCACACCAUGCAUCAUCCCUUUCUUAUUCCUUAUUUUUGGUGGGCCCAUCGCUUUUUUUUUUUUUUUUGUUAAAACCAUCAAAAGUAGCCGCCAACCAGACUAGACCAUAUCAUGGGCAUAGAAAGGUUGACAUGGAACCGAACAACAAAAUUGUUUAUGAGUUAGAAUCAUGUGCGUGGUUGCCAGAGAGAGAAAGAAACUGUGUUGAACACUUUUGCGUGAUUUUAUGGUUGUUUUCUUGUAUUAUAUUAGGUUUAAAGGGUUUUGUUUUUGUGGAU